GCUGUUUCUUAAAAUUUUUUAAAAAAAUGCUCGUUCCUUUAAAUGUCGGAUAAGAGAUGCUUGUUCCGAAAAUUUUGCCACCAAAGAAUCAAACUACCCUUAAUUCAAACAAAGAAAACAAUCUUUUACAAUAAUAAUUAAAAAAAAAAAAACUAAAACCCCACAAAAUAUGGCUGAAAAAAAUGAGAGAAAAUAAAUAAUAAGAACUAAAGAAGGCUCUCAUCAACCAUAAAAAUCUGAAUGGGGUAGCCUUCAAAUAGCUCAAAGUCCAUUUGGAUUAAUGCUAAUGAACUUCAAAUUAACAAGGCCUAUAACACAUAAUUAAAUAUCAAUCAAUAUAAAUAGUCCUCACAACCCAACUCCUUCACUUGUCCCCAAUCCUUCUCCUCCAUAGCCACAAUGGCGAUCCACGUCGCUUUCUUCUUUCUCCUCGCAAGUCUUCUCAAAGCCGUUAGCUCAACAACGUUCAACUUCACCAAUUACUGCCCCCACGCCGUGUGGCCCGCCACCCUCGCAGGUGCAAGCUCGCCGCCUCUGUCCACCACCGGCUUCCAGCUCGCCGCCAGCGCGUCUUUCUCGCUUCACGCCCCAUCCAACUGGUCUGGCCGCAUGUGGGCCCGCACUAACUGCUCAACUAACGACUCCGGAGAAUUCCACUGCCUCACCGGUGACUGUGGAACCGGCAAACUCCAGUGCCACGGCGCGGGUGGCAUUCCUCCGGCGAGCCUCGUGGAGUUCACCCUCAACGGCGCUGACGGAAAGGACUUCUAUGACGUCAGCCUCGUGGACGGCUUUAACCUUCCGGUUGCAGUGGCUCCGAGCGGCGGACGACCGGGCUGUGACGGCACCACCGGCUGCGCUGCCGAUAUAAAGUCUUUGUGUCCGCCGGAGCUGAGGGAGCCGGCGGCGACGGCUGAUGGAAGCGUGGUGGGGUGCAAUAGCGCUUGCUGGGUUUUCGGGUUGGAUGAGUACUGUUGUACUGGAAAGUACAACGAUCCCGACAAGUGCGGGCCCACUAAAUAUUCCAUGGUGUUCAAGAAAGCUUGCCCUUUGGCUUACAGCUACCCUUAUGAUGAUGAGACGAGCACUUUUACUUGUAUUGGAGCUGACUAUCUUAUUACCUUUUGCCCGUCAAAGAUUUUCUAAGUCAAUAAUUAUGUCAAUGAAUAUUUAGGAUUCUCACCCCCAAUAUAAUU